AUGCCAGAACCGACCUGUCCCCCCAACCCAAGAAAAGUGUACAAAACCCCAGUAAGAGACCCCCCCCCCCGGCCGCCCUCCUCCUUCCCUUGUUCCUGUGGCUGGGGGGGUACCCCUUCCCUCCACACCAUGGAGCCAUCUCCUCUGUCUCCCAGCGGGGCAGCACUCCCCCUGCCUCUAUCACUGGCCCCGCCACCACUGCCCCUGCCUGCAGCGGCGGUGGUACAUGUGUCCUUCCCAGAGGUGACCAGUGCCCUCCUGGAGUCUCUCAAUCAGCAGCGGCUGCAGGGCCAGCUCUGUGAUGUGUCCAUCCGGGUGCAGGGACGGGAGUUCCGGGCUCAUCGUGCUGUCCUGGCUGCCUCUUCCCCUUACUUCCACGACCAGGUCCUACUCAAGGGCAUGACUUCCAUCUCGCUGCCCAGCGUCAUGGACCCAGGAGCCUUUGAGACUGUCUUGGCUUCAGCUUACACUGGCCGCCUCAGCAUGGCCGCUGCUGACAUUGUUAACUUCCUCACAGUGGGGUCCGUGCUCCAAAUGUGGCACAUCGUGGAUAAGUGCACUGAACUCCUCCGAGAGGGCCGGGCCUCAGCCACCACCACCACCGUCACAACUGCUGCAGCCACGUCGGUCACUGUCCCCGGUGCUGGGGUGCCUUCCGGGAGUGGGGGCACGGUGGCCCCUGCCACUGUGAGCUCCGUGCGCUCCCAUGCCUCCAGCCGGGCCAGUGAGAAUCAAUCCCCCAGCAGCAGCAACUACUUCAGCCCCCGGGAGUCCACUGAUUUCUCAUCUUCCUCCCAGGAGGCCUUUGCAGCUUCUGCAGUGGGCAGUGGGGAGCGCCGCACAGGCGGCCCUGUCUUCCCUGCCCCUGUGGUUGGCAGUGGGGGUGCUACCUCUGGCAAGCUGCUGCUGGAGGCAGAUGAGCUGUGUGAUGACGGUGGGGAUGGGAGGGGUGCGGUGGUCCCUGGGGCUGGGCUCCGCCGGCCCACCUAUGCACCCCCCAGCAUUGUGCCACAGAAACACUGGGUAUAUGUGAAGCGGGGUGGAAACUGCCCAGCAUCGGCACCCCUGGCUCCACAAGACCCAGACCUGGAAGAGGAUGAGGAGGAGGAAGACUUGGUGUUGACCUGUGAGGAUGACGAAGAUGAAGAGCUGGGGGGUGGCUCCAGGGUUUCAGCAGGGGGAGGACCUGAGGCUACCCUUAGCAUAAGUGAUGUCCGGACCCUGUCUGAGCCUCCGGACAAGGGAGAGGAGCAGGUCAAUUUCUGUGAGUCCUCCAAUGACUUUGGUCCCUAUGAAGGUGGGGGUCCUGGGGCAGGGCUUGAUGAUUCAGGGGGACCAAGCCCUUCAUCCUAUGCUCCAGCACACCCUCCAAGGCCCCUGCUCCCACUGGACAUGCAGGGCAACCAGAUCCUAGUCUUCCCAUCCUCUUCAUCCUCCUCCUCCUCACAGCCGCCAGGGAGCCAAGCUGAACACGGGGCGGUGACCCUGGGGGGCACACCAGCAGGGGCCCUGGGCGGGCCAGGUGGUACCGGCGGGACCCCUGGAGGGACAGGCAGUGGGGAUGGAAAUAAGAUCUUUUUGUGCCACUGCGGGAAAGCCUUCUCCCACAAGAGCAUGCGAGAUCGUCAUGUGAACAUGCACCUCAACCUGCGGCCCUUUGACUGCCCCGUGUGCAACAAAAAGUUCAAGAUGAAGCAUCACCUGACGGAGCACAUGAAGACGCACACAGGUCUCAAGCCCUACGAGUGCAGUGUCUGCGCCAAGAAGUUCAUGUGGCGAGACAGCUUCAUGCGCCACCGGGGACACUGUGAGCGCCGGCACCACUUAGGCGGCGGGGGCGGGGCUGGACCGGGCCCCGGGGGCGGGCCCAGCGGAGCGGCCUUGCAGCCCAAGAGAGAGUCCCCCGGCGGCGGCGGGGGCAGCGGCGAUGAGACGAGUGGGGCCACGCCCCCGUCCAGCCGAUGCGUCUGGUCCCCGCUCAGUGUCCACAAGGUGGAAAUGGGCUUCAGUGGGGGCGGCGGAGCAAACUGAAGGGGCGGCCCACCGGGGUAGCUUUCCGGGAAGAGAGAUUAGGGAUCACGAGUCUGGGGCACUGUGGACCCUAGGUGAUCUCCCAACUCACUGUCUUCCUGUCUCUAUGGACUUGUGUAUAUAUAUCCUGGAGGGGGAACCGCGUCGCCCCAUGGGCUACCCCAUUCCACUCCUCAGCCCCUCCUCCCCAAAGUAUCCCUGUAACUCAGCCCUUCCUUCCCUGCAGAUGGGUGCACAGA